GAUUACCUUCUGCGGUUCCAACAUUAGCGCGGUAAUUUGGACUGACGAUGACGAUAAACCUAACUCCUUUAGUCAUUUUUUAUAUAUAAACUGUAAACGCGUGUCUGUUUUGCAGUUAUUACAUGAAUACUCUUAUUUACCACGUAUGCUGCACGGACACAGGAUGAUCACGAACUACUAACAGUCUUGUGUUUUGACAUGAUACCGAUAUGAAGAAUGACUCGAGAAAAGGCGGGGGAAGUCCAAAGGGAAAGCGAAAGUUGAACUUUGUAGAGAAGAAGGACAAGCUACCCCUGACGGGAAAGUCCAUAUUUGUUGAUGUCAAGGAAACAGCGCAAUGUCGCGUAAUCAAGGAGGACAUCAGAAAGCUCGGAGCGCGAGUUGAUGAAUUCUUCCACAAAGAUAUUAACUAUGUGAUCACUAGUAACUGGACAUCCAGACCAGACAAAAAUGAUGCGUUGAAGUCCCCUGAGAGUCCCUCCAUGGUGUCCACUCCCAGUCCCUUCAACUGCGGGCCCUCGCCAUCACCUGCCUCAGGGUCCAAAUUACCACCGGAGUCUGUUACUCGAGGAAGAGCUAUUGCAAAACGAGCUAUUACCAAAGAGACAAAUCCAGUUCUGACAAAUGCAGAAAAAUUGGGCAUCAAGAUUGUCACUUUGGAUGCGGCACAGAAAUGGAUCCAGCGAGAAAUUGCCAAGCUUCCCCAAAACAAGAAAUCAAAGAGCCUUGUGAAUAACCAUUUAGGAAGUUGCAAAGUGAAGAAAUUGAAAUCUCCGUAUAUGAAGAUAGAGUCCUUUACUAGACAGUACAAGGUGAUCUAUCAGCAGAUCGACCUCUGGCCGCAUGCUAAUGUAGAGACCCCCCGGGGCACCUGUCCGUUUGAUGGCACAUCUGUGGGUGGAGAGAAAUCGCGGGAAGAUCGGGGGGAUAGGAUUGGACUGAUACCGCUUGAACCCAGGACUCCAGAGACGAAAUCCGCACAGAAAGAGUCAGCCAAAACACCAGACCAUUCCAAGUCUUCACACAAAAAGCAGCGGCCAACUGCACAACGUUCAGGUAUUAUUGGUGGAGUCCGGAUAGUUACAGCCGGUGAACUAAGGAGGCGCACGGAAAUGAAACGACUUCAGGAAAAGAAGAAAGGAUAUUGCGAAUGCUGUGAAACCAAAUACGAUGAUCUCUCUAAACAUGUCCGAGAGGAACAGCAUAAAGCUUUCAUCAGGGACAAGAAACACUACCAGGACUUGGAUAGACUCAUUAAUUCGGGCCCCAACGAUGCAGCAUUCCUACAGCGUGUUUUACAGCAACACUGUAGCCUUGUCAAUGGCAUUCACAGCAAAGGAAAAUCCCACGAAAAGCAAACAGCAAUGCAACAUUCUGAUCAAAAAGUCGCUGAGAGUGCUUCAAAGAGUACAACCAUAAAAAUUGCGAAUUCUGCAGUGAAAAGCAGUCGUAGUCCCAGAAAAAUAUGGCAGAAAGCGAGUGAACACAAUCGGAGCAAAUUGCUAAAAGACGGCGUGGAUCGGGAAAUUCGCAGAUGCAGGGAAGUCCAAAAUUGUUCAGAAGUCGACCUGAAAUUGGAGAACCACUACGUGCCGGCGAGGACGAGGAAUUUUCUGUUUGUUCAGGGCUCGUCGGGUCAGCACAGUGACAUAUUUACCAUGGGAAAAAGGAAUUUGAAAACAAAUAAUCAGGACGAGGAUGGACACAAUAAAGUUACAGAUUAUUCUACUGCACCUGAGCUACAGGGGCUAGUGGAUGAUGAAAAAGCUCUCGGGAAAAACACUCUACGUGCAAGAAGUCUUCAGAAAUGUGACAAAAAUCGGACCAGUGUGGGCAAUUCAAAGAGUGACAGAAGGACUGAAGAUGGACAAUUAAAAGCACAUCAUAAUGAGAUUGUGGAAGCCUGUGAAAAGGUAACAAGAUCUCCCAGAAAACACUCUCCUGUAAAGCAGAUACAUUCUUCUGGCGUAACUAAGAAUGUUGAGACAACAAGCAAAGAAAUAUCUGAUCGAACUGUUUCCCCUGCAGAACAUUCGAAGAAAGCUAGUGCCAAAACAGGAAGCGGGCUUGAGGAAUGUGUUAUCAAAAGAAAUCUCAGGUCUCCGAAGAGAGCUAGUGCCGAAACAGGAAGCGGGCUCGAGGAAUGUGUUAUCAAAAGAAAUCUUAGGUCUCCGAAGAGAGCUAGUGCCGAAACAGGAAAUGGGCUCGAGGAAUGUGUUAUCAAAAGAAAUCUUAGGUCUCCGAAGAGAGCUAGUGCCGAAACAGGAAAUGGGCUCGAGGAAUGUGUUAUCAAAAGAAAUCUUAGGUCUCCGAAGAGAGCUAGCGCCAAAACAGGAAACAGGCUCGAGGAGUGUGUUAUCAAAAGAGAUCUUAGGUCUCCGAAGAGAGCUAGUGCCGAAACAGGAAACAGGCUCGAGGAGUGUGUUAUCAAAAGAGAUCUUAGGUCUCCGAAGAAAACUUUUGCCAAAACAGGAUACGGGCUCAAGGAAUGUGCUAUCAAAAGAAAUCUUAGGUCUCCGAAGGCGAUAGACCUUCCAGAGAGUAAUGAUAAACAAUUGGAUGAACCGAAGGGUGACGAACCGGUCAAACAACCGAGUUCAUCUCCAAACAGACCCGUGGAGAGAGGAGUGGUAAGUGAGGCAGGUAAAAGUGAUGAUGAUGAAUUCAAUGUCCAAAGAAAUUCUACACAAAGGGAACACUGGAAAGGAGCAUCUAGUCGGAGUCGGUCUGCUAGUCCCUUGAAAAAGGUGAAGACCAACGAUCAACGGGGUUCAGAAUCUAGACGAAAAUCAAUGAGAGUGUGUUCGAAAUCGACAGAGCAGAAUGCAUUCAAUGAGAGAGACAACGACGAGGUAGAUCAACGAAGUUCAGAAUCUAGACGAAAAUCAACGAGAGUGUGUUCGAAAUCGACAGAGCAGAAUGCAUUCAAUGAGAGAGACAACGACGAGGUAGAUCAACGAAGUUCAGAAUCUAGACGAAAAUCAACGAGAGUGUGUUCGAAAUCGACAGAGCAGGUGGGAUUCAAUGAGAGAGACAACGAUGAAGUAGAUGUUGGGACAAGUGACGGAGAACGUUUAAGUGCUGAUCUGGUAACAGAGACAUUUUGUAGUGUAGGCAGUGGAAGUGCUAAAGAUUCACAACGUACAAUCCAAACUAAUGAGGUGAAACAGACUGCAAACAGGAAUUCUGCAAUCACUAAAUCACCAAACACAGUGAGAAGCUCAAAAAUUACUGAUAAGACAGACAUUGGUAGUAGUGAUUGUACAUCAGGAAAGGUCAUUGAUCCUGCAAGAUUUCCCGGGAAGUCCAUAGAUAGUUAUUCCUUAGAGCCUGCACACAACAGGAACAAUACAAUUCUCUGUAAGUAUAGAGGACAUGCCAAUAGGAAAUCACCUACUAAAAAUGUUUCACAGGGAAGGAGCAAGGUCAACAAUGAAUUGUCAGAUAACAUUUUAAUCAAAGAGCAAAAUGUGACUUCUCAGCCCUCAACAUCUGAUUUUAAUCAACAAAUGAAUAGAAAGAAAUCCUGUACUCGAGCUAUUAACCAUGGACUGAAGACCACGUCACCAAUGAAACAGACAUCUAAUAGAUCAAGACAUUCACAGAGGAAUGAAAGCAGUGUGGGCGGAGAUGAUAUACAGCAAAACAAUGAAAAUUCGUACGUUAAUCGUGAAGAAGUUGCAAUAAAAAAUGCUAACGAUUUUUCACCAAUCACUAAUAAAAGGGUUUGGACUUUUAAUGAAGACCAGAAGAGAAUAGAAAACCAAGGAAGCUGUUGUGAAAAAACAGGUAAAGAAGGGAUACUUAACGAGUCUGGAAUUUUGCAGGAAACUUGCGGAAAAGAAGAAAUACUUGAUGCGGAGAUGGAGAAGUCAUUGUAUUAUAUUGACAGAGUUCAUCGAUUACGAUCAACCAAUCAGAGGCAGAAUUCUGUGGUCCGUGAACUGAAAGAUAUUUCAAUAAAAGUGCAAGAAAAGAACUCUGGUCCAAACAGUCCUUUGCCAGAAGCCAUUGAGGAAGAGCCCUGCCUACUCAGCUCACCCAUGUCUAAGUCAUCUCCAAGAAAGCCUAGAUUGCAAACUCCGAGCAAGAAAGACUUGAAACAGAUUGCUCCAGUUGGGUCUGCCAGUCCGAAGAGUGGCGUGAGUACAACACCUAGGUCCGAUACGAGGAGGAGGUGGAAGAAAAGGAAAGAAUCUAAAAGUUGUGAAAUGGGCUCCUCGAUUCGCAGAGUUAAGAGGCUGGAGAAAUUGAAAUAUCUUGCAGACAGUAAAGAACAGAACAUGAACAAUUCUGCACAUAGAAAACAGAGUGGGGAAGAACAUAUGAAAAAUAUUGAGUCCUGCAAUGGCGUCAGAAAUGAAGUGAUGGACCGGGCUACCUCAGAAAACUAUAAUCUAAAAACAAAGCUACCCCAGAGUCUCAGUGAAGAGAAACAGAUUUUAAAGGGUACCUGUAAAUCCUCUUUAAAGAAUUUAAGAUCCCCAUUAAAGCAAUCAUCAAGUGAAAUGAAAUGUGUUUCUCCUGAAAGAGUGUGUACAACCUUGGUAUGGAAAAAUGCCAAGGGCAGUACUCCAAAGAGAAAGAAGAAGAAAAUUAAGCUGAACCACAGCUGGUCUGUGUUGAGUGAUCGAAGCGUAAAUAAACUUCUGCAUGAGAGUGACUCCGAGUCUAACUUUGAAGGUUUUGAGGAGGGUGAUGUUACCGGGCACAGUUCCCUUUGUAGUGAUGCAUCCUUCAUUGAAAUUGAUGAAGUGGAAUUCGAAGACAGCAGUGAUCAUGAGUGGGAGUUGGAGCCAGAGAAAGUGGAGGAAAACCAGGUAGAGAAUCCAGUCGUUCAUAUUUUACCCGAAAUGUUUUCUUCCCCCAACAAAAGGUCGGAUUCCUCGUGGGAUACAGGUUUUGUGGACUUUAUAGAUACUCAUUUAUCUAGCAGACAGGUUACCUCUCAGAAACAGGGUGUUCCACUGGACGCUGAAGCAGGUGCUCCACUUUGUUCUCCAAGACGAAGAAAACGACUUGAGUCCAUUCCUGAAAAUUCGAUGGAAAAUGAGCUCCACAGAAGAAAGAAGAGGAGGAAAGUCGAGAAAGAGUUUCAGAGUUAUAUGAUUAGUGAUGUUGCUGCUCAGGUUGAUGAGGAUAUUCAGUUUAAUUUUGCCAGUCCUAAUAAAAGGAAGUCUAAAGACCCUCUCAAGAAUACAACAGAAGACAGACCUGUAAAUCCUAGAAAAUCUCUUGAUUACGGAUCUUGCAGAGAACAAUGCAAAGAAGGAAAGCUUGAAGCUCAUAAGAAAGAGAGUUCUGAAAGGAGAAAGAGGGCAAAAAAACAUAAAAAAUCUAAAAAGAAGAAUGCAUUGAAGAUUGGUGAUGAAGAGAGCUGUUAUUCCGAGUCUCCAAAUGAAUUUGCAUACACCCGUGAACGAAACUCCAGACAAAGAGAUGACUGUGAGAACGGAAUUAAUUCAGGUGACAACACUCGUGGUUCUGCGGAGGACAAAAGCAUGCCUUGUCUGUCUCCUAAGUCAAAAACAUGCACUAGAAAUUCCACACCGGAUAGUCGUAGAACUUCAGAUAUCCCAUGCCUCUCUCCCCAAAUCCAAAAUGAAGAUCUUUCUAAUUUAUCACCUGAUGUCAGUCAUUCUAAAAGUCUCCGUGCAAGGAAGAUAAGCAAGUGGAUAUAAAAGUUAGGUGCUUUAUUGGUGUGUACAGAAAACUUGUAAAAAUAACAUUCUUCUUGUCCAUACAUGAGUUCUCAAAAGUUAGGCAUGUCAUUGAUGGCAAAAAACCAGUAAAAAUAACUUUUUUUGUGUAUUAAGUGCGCUUUCUCCAUACCGUAAACUACAUGAGACCGGGAUACUGUAAACUAAAUGAAAUGGAGGGGGGGGGGGGGG